CGUAUCAGUGGAUAGAUCAAAGCAGUAGCAGGCGAAAGUCCGUAAUCGGAACAUACUUUCCCCUAUCUUUGAAAGAUCUAAUAUGAUUUUUCAACAUAUAACCAUUUAAGCAGUCAACAAACUUUUGAAGCCCCAAAUGAAGAUGCCGACCGCUGUCUUUCUCCUCCUCCUCCUCCUCUCCACCACUACAAACCUCUGCAGCUCCGCCGCACCGAUUCCCGGACUGGACUCCUUUCUAACCCAACAGUCCCGCAUCGACCCGAAAUCGACAAACGACCCCUUUCAGUCCCUCCCUUCUUCCCUCAAGAAAUCCCUCUCUUCCUCCUCCGCUGCCCCUCUCCAUAUCGCUUCGCUGAUCUCCUCCCUUCUUUCACUUUCCGUCCCAAUCCCUCUCCAUAUCCGCCUCGUUGGCCUCAAUUUCUCUUCUUCCUCCCUUUCUCUGCUCACUUCUUUCCUCCAAUCCUCCGUCACUUCCUCUCACUUUCACCUCAUCUCUUCUUCUUCUUCCCAUCAUUCUCUUUCCAUCGGCCACUCCCUCCAUCUCGACGUUUCUCUUUCUCCCUCCUCUCUUUCCUCUACCCUUUCCACCGCUCUUUCCUCCGCCCUCUCCUCUACCCCUUCCUCCCUCCGUUCACCUCUCCUUUCCAUCCCCUAUUCCACCGUCGACUCCAUCAUUUCCCGCCAUUUUGACUCCGAGAAAACCGAUAAUUCCGUUUACAUUUAUAUUCUCAAUCUGGGUGUUACCCCCAAGCAACCUUAUGCCUACUCUUACUCUCAUUCCGAGUCUUCCGCAGGCUACACCAAUUGUUUAGGGACCCUUUGGACUGGCAACAAAAGGUAUCUUUGGAUUGAUCUCGGGGCUGGUCCCGUUGACUAUGGGCCGGCUUUAUCUGGUGAUGGGGUACUCCCGAGAGGCGAGUUUCACCCUUUGGCAGCUGCACAUGGAAGACCCAAAUCCGAAAAAACCUUGCUUGCCGACUUGGCUUCUUUGAUAUACAGUGCUUAUCAGGUACUUGUUGUUCCUCCUUUGAGAAUUCCUGUUCAUUUCGAGAAUACUUUAACUGUUGAGCUUAUCCAUAUUCACGCAUCUGAAAAUGUGGAUUCAAGUGGUUUGGAUUGGAAUGAGAUUGAAAAAUCCUUCCGUAAUGAGGCAAAUGAUGGUGAGUUGUUGUUUGGCAAUCAGAGUUUAGAGUUCAAAAGGUAUAGUGUUAACUACGAGGAGUGUUCGAUUUGUUCUUUUGCGGUUUCUAGGUCGAUCAAUUCCUUUACUUCGAGGUUUCUGUUUGAUAACUACACUUUGAUUGUGAGCGAGUAUUUGGAUUCGAAACGUUUGCAUCAGAUAUUGUCUGAUUCGGCAGAGGAGUUUAGGAGGGUCGCAGGCUUGCCCGAGGAGGAAUUUGGUAGUAGGGUACUUCCUGUUUAUGUGUUUGAUUUGGAUUAUCAUACCAUUUUGUUGCUGGAUCGGUAUCAUCAGUCUAUUGCAUUUAGAGAUAUGGUUAUCGCUGUUAGGACAAGGACUGCUCAAACUGUGAGUGAUUACAGUUGUAAUGGUCGUCAUGUUUUCACUCGUACAAGGGAGCUGCAGAGGCCGCUUGUUGGUUCAAUUUUACAGAGUAUGUGGGGAGUGUCGCCAACUCAUUUGUUAUGGAGCCCUACACAUAACAGUACACUUGUGGAUUAUACAUGGAGUGUUGGUCAGACACCUUUUGGACCAUUUUCAGAGGUUAUGUCAUUGUCUUUUGUGCAGAAGGAUGCAGCUCGGAGAAAUUUUCUCUUGACAUCAUUGAAUUACAGUCUAACAAGUGCUAUUGAUGUUCUCGAAUCUAUUGAUGCACAUGGUGGGGAUAGAAAUCUCCUUAAACAGAAGCAGCAUGUUGAGUUCAUACAGAGGUGGCACUUGUUCCGGUACAAGCUGGAUAAAGCAGUUUCUGCUUUGUCGCAUUUUGAGUUCGAGAUGGCAUUCUAUUACAUAAAGUCUUCAGAUCAUGAUCUUUAUGCAAUUCAUGAUCUCGUAUACACUGCAUCACAAGAAAUCGAAGCAUCACUUGUUUGUUUCAAGGACCCACCAUUCCCGUGGGCUGCAUUAUCAUUUUCUGCAGUUGGUUUCCUUGCACUCUCUUAUGUGUAUGCAAAAAGGGACAAAAUUUUUAGAAACAAGAGGAAGCAGUUUUGAUAGUUAAUGAAGCAAAGUCUGUAUCAUUUGAACUCAGUAGAACACAUUUAUUCCUGUGCGAGUGGUAAGUCCCAAGGUUGAAACUUAGUUUUACUCGAGACUUUCUGAAAUUUUAGGACAGAUUCUGUUUUGUUGAUUUUCCUAACUGCAUAAUCUCUCAACUCAUGCUAUAUUUUCCUUACAUGCUGGAUGGAUGUCAAUCUUUCGAUCAUAAAGGAUUUUGUGGUAUCUCUGAUAUCCAUCAUUGCCUUCUCAUCCACCUGUUUCCCUUCUUUUGUGGAAUGAAACUAUAAAUUUGAAGA